CUCACAAUCUUCCCUUUUUUCCUCCUUUCAUUCCUUUUCUCUUUCUCUCUCUAAAGUGUUUCUCUCUCUUCUUCUCCAUCCAUGGUGAUUGAUCUGAGAGAACACUGAAUAACUUGAAGAAUUUCUCUCUCUCUGUCUCUCUCUCAGAUCUAGGGCAUUGUUUUUCUUGCCCUAGCACAUUUGAGUUCUCAGGAGAUUGGAGAUAUACAUACAUAUAUCUCGUAAAAUUUGAAAAAAAACAAGUAUAUUGUGUGAAAAAAAUGGUGACAAUUGAUUCAUUUGAUGCUUUUUUAUUCAAUGCUAGCAGAGCAUUGUGUAGUCCUCUUGCAGUUUUCAUUCAGAUCCAGGGAUGUAUAAUCGUCUUAGUCCUGGCUCUUGGAUGGGCUUUAGCUGCUUAUGUUAGGGGCAGGGAGAUUCGACGCAUGAAGAGUAGUAUGAAAAGUGGAAAUAGCUUUGCAUUCCUUACAUUGGACAUUAAUGAACUUGAGCAUUCAAAUCAGGCCAAUUUGCCCCGAGUCACAGUUGUAAUGCCUUUAAAAGGGUUUGGCGAGCACAAUCUACACAAUUGGAGAAGCCAGAUCACGUCUCUUUAUGGUGGUCCUUUGGAGUUCCUUUUUGUGGUUGAAAGUACAGCUGAUCCUGCUUAUCAUGCUGUGAAAUGUUUAUUAGCGGAUUUUAAGGAUGCUGUUGAGGCUAAGGUUAUUGUAGCUGGUCUGUCAACAACUUGUAGUCAGAAGAUUCACAAUCAAUUGGUUGGGGUGGAUCAAAUGCACAAAGAUACAAAGUAUGUCUUAUUCCUUGACGACGAUGUUAGGUUGCACCCUGGGUCAAUUGGAGCCCUUACUACUGAAAUGGAGAAGAAUCCAGAUAUCUUUAUUCAAACAGGAUAUCCUCUUGAUUUACCAUCUGGAACUUUGGGAAGUUACUGCAUUUAUGGAUAUCACAUGCCAUGUUCUAUGGGAUUUGCUACUGGUGGAAAAACAUUCUUUCUCUGGGGAGGAUGCAUGAUGAUGCAUGCAGACGAUUUUAGAACCGACCGCCAUUGUGUAGUGUCAGGGCUUCGAGAUGGGGGCUACUCAGAUGACAUGACUCUAGCAGCUAUAGCGGGUGCACACAAGAGGCUCAUUACAUCACCACCUGUUGCAGUCUUUCCACAUCCUCUUGCAACCGAUCUUACCUUCCCUAGAUAUUGGAAUUAUUUGAGGAAGCAAACAUUCGUACUGGAAUCAUAUACAACAAAGGUUAACUGGAUCAUGAAUCGGGCUUUAUUUACAUCCCACUGCUAUCUGUCAUGGGGUUUUGUAUCUCCAUACGUCAUGGCAGGGAUUCAUGUGGCAGCAGCACUGAGAUAUUAUCUUAAAGAAAGCUCUCUUGAGGAGGAUACAGUCAUGACAUGUAGUGGGUUGUUACUUGCUGGAUACCUUGCCAUAUGCACAGUGGUUAAACUCCUUUCUAUGUGGAACUUGACAAGAAUUGAAGUUCACUUGUGCAAUAUGUUGUCUCCCGAAGCACCUCAACUAUCACUUGCUUCUUAUAACUGGUGUCUUGUAUUCAUUGCAAUGCUGGUUGACAAUUUUUUAUACCCACUAUCUGCAAUGCGUUCUCAUCUUUCUCAGUCCAUCAAUUGGUCUGGCAUCCGGUAUCAUUUGAAGGAUGGGAAGAUAUGCAAGAUUGACAGACACAAGCAUUUGGUUCCCAAAAUUACAGAUUUGGCAGGAAAAGAUUUGCUUGGAAAACAAGGAUCAAAACCUAAGGUUGCUAUUAUUAGCACUUUGUCCAGAACUCUAGCGCAAUGGCGACAACCAAAGAAAUAUAACAUUUAGAUAAGAUUCAAUCAGUGGUAAAUUUUAUGUGAUUCUUUUGCUCCCCUUGGUAAGUAGUGACCAAGCAUUUGCAUGACCAAUUUUUUUUUUGGGGGGGCUUUUUUUAAUCCCUUCUGAUCUUAAGAGGCACAUCAUUGAUAUAGGUUGUAAGUUGUAAGUCUUAUUGUUUCUGGCUAUUAAAUUCAUCACUUCAUUCUUCUCACUCAGGUCUACCAUGCUUUGGGCUGGUUUUUGUAAUUGUAAUGUUUAUUUGUAAUUUCAUGUCCAUUUCAAAGUUAGCUUAAGAUGUAUUUUGGGUGGUGGCUGACCAAUAGAUAACAGGUGUAAGGUUAUGUUGUUUUUGGGUAUUUAAUUCAUCACUUCAUUCUUCUCAUUCUGGCUUAAUUUUCUACUUGUAAUGUUAUUAAGGGUCCAUGACAAAAUUACCUUGCACAUAUAUACCUGAUUGUGGGAUCAUUGUUUAAGUAAUGUCUUUAUGUUUAUAAAA